AUGAACGAGAAACCAGUUGAGUAUGAGGAACAUGACCAGGAUUGCACACAGACAUCAACAGUCAUGAAUCAUCAACAUAUUCAAGGAGAUGAGAAACUAUUCAGGUGUGAGUUGUGUGAAAAGGCAUUCUCGAAAUCGUGGAACCUCCACAGGCACCGACGCACACACACACACACCGGAGAGAAACCCUUCACAUGUGACCAAUCCUUUGCACAGUUAUCAACCCUUCACACACACCGGCGCAUUCACACAGGGGAGAGACCAUUCAAUUGCAACGUGUGUAAUAAAUUAUUCUCACAUUCAUCCACUCUCCGUGAACACCAACGCAUUCACACAGGAGAGAAACCAUUCAAAUGUGAUGUGUGCAACAAAUCAUUCUUGGACUCAUCAUCACUCCGUGUACAUCAACGUGUUCACACUGGAGAGAAACCAUUCACAUGUGAGGUGUGUGAUAAAUCAUUUGCACAGUUAUCGACACUACGUGCACACCAACGUAUUCACACCGGGGAGAAACCAGUCAAGUGUGAGGUGUGUGAUAAAUCCUUUUCACAGUUAGGGAGUCUUCUGGUCCAUCAGAAGAUCCACACAGGGGAGAAACCCUUCAAGUGUGAGGUUUGUGGUAAAGCUCUUGUGAGAUCUUCAAGCCUCCUGAUACACCAGAUGAUUCACACUGGAGAGAAACCCUUCCAAUGUGGGGCUUGUGAAAUGUCUUUCAUCCAGUCCUCUGAUCUCCUGAGGCACCAGAGGAUUCACACAGGAGAGAAACCCUUCAAAUGUGACCUGUGUGACCGAGCCUUCAGACAGUUAUCGACCCUUGUGGAUCACCGGCGUAUUCACACGGGGGAGAAACAAUUCCCAUGUGAGGUGUGUGACAAAUCUUUCUCGAGGUCCUCGUACCACCUGCGACAUCAAAGGAUUCACACGGGAGUGAUCUUUCAGCUGAGGAGUUUAUGA